AUGAAGAUGGAGGCAGUGGGAAAAGCAGAACUUGUUGAUUCAGAACUUCCACCAAAGACUUCUGAAAAGCAAGAGACUGCUCCUGAUAAAUGUGGAUCUAUAGAACUUGAGACACAAACUCAGAAAGACAACAUGCACACUGCAGCAGACUCUGUGGUGCUCUCUUCAAUGCCUUGCUUACUGAUGGAACUGAGGCGAGACUCUUCACAGUCUCAACUGGCAUCUACAGAGAGUGAUAAACCAAUGGGUGGUCGAGUUUAUGAGAGUGACUCUUCUAAUCAUGGCAUGCUUUCCCCUUCUUCCAGUGGGCAUUUGGCUGACUCUGAUACAUUGUCUUCCACAGAAGAGAAUGAGCCUUGUCAAGCUCAAGCUGCUGUAGGGGGAGACCUUUCUGCAGUGUCUGGUGCUGCAGUUGGGAGGAAAUCCAGGAGAUCCAGGUCUGAAAGUGAAACUUCAACAAUGGUUGCCAAGAAAAACAGACAGUCUAGUGAUAAGCAGAAUGGUCGAGUUACCAAAGCAAAGGGUCAUCGAAGCCAAAAGCACAAAGAAAGAAUUCGGCUCUUGAGACAGAAACGGGAGGCAGCUGCUCGCAAGAAGUACAACCUGCUGCAGGACAGCAGUACCAGUGAUAGUGACCUGACGUGUGACUCGAGCACGGGUUCAUCAGAUGAUGAUGAAGAAGUUUCAAGGAGCAGCAAGACAAUCACUGCAGAGAUACCAGCUGGCUUCAGUCCUGCUGGGGGAUCUGGAGGAGUGACCAGGGAAAUUCCAGGAUUGCUUGACAGGGGCACCGUGUGGGAUAGGAACUGCAUAGGCAAUGUCCUGGAAGAGACCAUGAACAGCUUUGCGGAGAUUCAGAGGCAGACAGAGGAGAAGUUCCGCAUGUGGAUAGAAAAGCUAACCCGUCUUGACACAGACGAAGAAAGCAAGCAACAAUUGGAGCCCAGGGAACCUAAAAUUCAACUAGUUGGCCAAAGAAUUCCCCCUACCACACAGUCAGUGGCUUUCAUACAGAUGCCCGAUAGCCAAGUACCUCCACAGCAGUUGUUUAAUUUUUACAUGGGCUAUCAAAAUGUCGAUGCUACACUAGAGUUUCCAGUGACUUUUAAUAACAGUUUUCCACCUAUCUUUCCAGAGAAUGGGAAUAUUGCAGAGCCUGAUCUGAAUCAAUCAUAA